GUAAAAAAUUGUAAAAUGGAUUUACGUUUCGUAUUCAUCGUUUUUCUGCUGAAGUGGACGUAUGCACAAGGUUCACAUCCGCCGCGAAUAGUGGAGCAUCCCAUAGAUACGACGGUGCCACGACACGAGCCAGCGACGCUUAAUUGCAAGGCAGAGGGCUCUCCCACGCCCACAAUUCAAUGGUACAAGGAUGGCGUACCGCUAAAGAUACUGCCGGGCUCGCAUCGCAUAACCCUACCAGCGGGCGGAUUGUUUUUCCUCAAGGUUGUCAAUUCACGUCGCGAAACAGAUGCUGGCAUCUACUGGUGCGAGGCCAAGAACGAACUGGGCGUGGCACGGAGUCGCAAUGCCACGCUGCAAGUGGCGGUGCUGCGCGAUGAGUUUCGCCUGGAGCCGCAAAACACACGCAUCGCCCAGGGUGACACCGCGCUACUGGAGUGUGCACCGCCGCGCGGCAUACCGGAACCGACGGUCACAUGGAAGAAGGGCGGCCAGAAAUUGGAUUUGGAGGGCACGAAGCGUAUACGCAUCGUUGAUGGCGGCAAUUUGGCCAUACAGGAUGCACGUCAAAGUGACGAGGGUCAAUACCAGUGCAUUGCCAAGAAUCCUGUCGGUGUGCGCGAAUCAUCCCUAGCCACGCUCAAAGUACAUGUUAAGCCCUACAUCAUACGUGGACCACAUGAUCAAACGGUGCUCGAAGGCGCCUCCGUCACAUUUCCCUGCCGUGUCGGCGGGGAUCCCAUGCCGGAUGUGCUCUGGCUGCGCACCGCCUCCGGGGGCAAUAUGCCGCUAGACCGUGUCAGCGUGCUGGAGGAUCGCAGCCUGCGCCUGGAGCGCGUCACCAUAGCCGAUGAGGGCGAGUACAGCUGCGAGGCGGACAAUGUGGUGGGGGCCAUCACGGCGAUGGGCACAUUGACGGUCUUUGCGCCCCCGAAAUUCAUACAACGUCCCGCCAGCAAAUCCGUAGAGCUGGGCGCGGACACCUCGUUUGAGUGCCGCGCCUCAGGCAAUCCGAAGCCGACCAUAUUCUGGACGAUCAAGAACAAUAGCACGUUGAUCUUUCCGGGUGCACCUCCCCUGGAUCGCUUUCACAGCCUGAACACGGAGGAGGGCCAUUCCAUCUUGACGUUGACGCGCUUUCAGCGCACGGACAAGGAUCUGGUUAUUGUGUGCAAUGCAAUGAACGAGGUGGCCAGCAUAACGUCCAGGGUACAGCUGACGCUGGACUCGCAGGAGGAUCGACCGCCGCCGAUAAUCAUUGCGGGCCCGGUGAACCAAACGCUGCCCAUCAAAUCGCUGGCCACGCUGCAAUGCAAGGCCAUUGGACUGCCCAAUCCGACCAUAUCCUGGUAUCGCGACGGCAUACCCGUGCAUCCCAGCGCCAAGUUGAACAUAACCGCCGCCGGGGAUUUGAUUAUAUCCGAUUUGGAUCGACAGCAGGAUCAAGGUCUCUAUACGUGUGUGGCCAGCUCUCGGGCUGGCAAGUCCACGUGGAGCGGUUUCCUGCGCAUAGAGCUGCCCACCAAUCCGAACAUUAAGUUCUAUCGUGCGCCCGAGCAAAGCAAAUGCCCCACGGCACCGGGGCAACCGACAGUGCUGAAUGCCACCGCCUCGGCCAUGACAAUUGUAUGGCCCACCAGCGACAAGCUGGGCGCCUCCCCGUUCCUCGGCUACAGCGUGGAAAUGUACUGCACAAACAAGAGCAAGACCUGGAUACCCAUUGCCAGCAGGCUCAGCGAGCCAAUUGUCACGGUGGACAGCUUGGAGCAGGGCGCCGCUUAUAUGUUCAUUGUGCGCGCCGAGAACGCCUUGGGCUUUUCGCCGCCCUCGCCCAUCUCGGAGCCCAUUACGGCCGGCAAGCUGGUGGGCGUGCGCGAUGGCAGCGACGCCUCCGCCGGCUCGGCCAGCUCGCAGCUGCUGCUCAGCGAUGUGGAGCAGCUGCUGCAAUCGAAUGACAUUGUCGAGCUGCUGGAGGCGAAUGCCAGCGACUCGACUUCGGUGCGCCUCGCUUGGGACAUAGACAGCGGCCAGUACAUCGAGGGAUACUAUUUGUAUGCACGUGAGCUGCGCUCGGCGGAAUACAAGAUGCUCACACUGCUUAACAAGGGUCAGGGCCUGAGCUCCUGCACGGUGCCCAAUCUGGCCAAGGCGUCUACGUAUGAGUUUUUUCUUGUGCCAUUUUACAAGAGCAUCGUAGGCAAACCCUCCAAUUCCCGACAUGCGCGCACCCUGGAAGAUGUACCCGAGGCACCGCCAUUUGGCAUGGAGGCCAUCCAAUUCAAUCGCACCUCCGUCUUUCUCAAAUGGCUUGCCCCACAGCCGAAUCGCACACGCAAUGGCAUCCUCACCAGCUACAAUGUGCUCGUCAAGGGUCUGGAUGUGCACAAUACGACGCGUAUAUUCAAAAAUAUGACCAUUGAUGCGGCGACACCGACACUGCUGCUGGCCAACCUCACAACGGGCGUCACCUACUACAUUGCCGUGGCUGCGGCCACCCGGGUGGGCGUCGGUCCCUAUAGCAAACCGGCCGUGCUGCGCAUCGAUGCGCGGACCCAAUCACUGGACACGGGCUACACGCGCUAUCCCAUCAGUCGUGAUAUUGCCGAUGACUUUUUAACGCAGACCUGGUUUAUCGUCCUGCUGGGCUCCAUCAUCGCCAUAAUUGUGUUUCUAUUGGGCGCAUUGGUUCUAUUCAAGCGCUAUCAAUUUAUCAAGCAGACCUCGCUGGGCAGUUUACAUGGCAAUCACGCAAUCGGCACCGUGCGAAAGUUUCCAACGUUGCCGAUGAAUGGUGGCAUCGGGGUCGGCGGCGGCGGCAGCGGCAACAAUGGUGGCAACUCUGGCAUUGGUGGCUCCAAUGGCCUCUGGAUCGAUCCAAGUGGCGGUGUUUGGCGACAGGCCGCUGGCUCCUGUACGACAAAGGAACAACUUCCGGGCUAUGCACAGGCCACAGCUCAGCAGCGAGGCACACAACAGCAACAACAAGGACAACAUGGACAGAGGCAACAACAAGGACAAUCAAACACACAACAGCCGCUGCCUGAUUAUGAGAGACUCUCGCCGCUGAAUAUGCCGGACUAUGCGGAAGUUGCAUGUUCAACAUUCAAAAGCCCCCACAACAAUGCUGCACAAACUUCCGGCGUGCAGGCGGGCUCAUCAUCAUUAUAUGAUAGCUGCGGCGCCUAUGCCACAACAAAUGUGGUUGCCAAUGUGAAGCUCUAUCAGAAUCGAUAUGGCACAAAGCCAGCCGGAGGAGCAGGAGCAGCUGCAACAGCAGCUGGAAACAACAACAAUGGCUGCAACAAUGAUUAUCAAUCGACUGGGAUGUACUCGGCGCCAGCGAGCGCCCAUUACGGCUGCCUGGAGCCAAAUCCGAUGACCAUAUCGACUGCCUCGACGGCCAUACUGAGCGGCUCGCCGGCCAAGCUGAAAAAGAUCAACAUAACGGAGAACAAAAUGGAGCAUAUCCAGAAUCUAAACAGCAACAAGAACGAGACAAAGCUGGAGCGCACGAAUCCCUUCAAUCAACAGCAGCAGCUGCUCCUCGCCAGCAACGCGCUGAAGCAGGGCCUCGGCGCCUAUGCGAACACCACGCUGGCCGCCCAAAUGGCCAGCGGUGGCGGAGCUGGCACCCUGCGCCGGCAGCGACAGCCGAAGACGCUCUUCAAGAGCGAGACCAACAUAUUGGGCAAAUCCAGCGGCGUCGUCUCGCGUCACCAGAGCAAUGGCUCGUCGGCCAAUGGCAAUUUGGACUUUCUAACUGGCGGGCCGCCAGCGGUUGGCGGCGAGAGCCACGAUGCGGACUUCGAGGCGCUGUGCAAUUCGACAAAUCAGCUGCUAAACGAUUGGGCUUCCAGUGCCUCGAUUGCGGCGGGCGAUUAUCAUUUUGGCAGCAAGCAGCCCAGCAAACAGCAUUUGUAUGUUAAGGCCAAGGAUGGCACCUGGUCCGCCGUCAGCUCUGAUGCGUAUCAGAACUUCAAGCAGCAGCAGCAACAACAACAAUUCCAUGCCGGAUCAGGUGACAACAAGAUGCCCCUCCUGGUAGCUGGUAGCGUUAAUCCCGCCCAUAGUUCGAGCAGCCUUGCAGCUGAUAGCAAAUUCCUGAGUAGUUUUGGUGCCAGCGCCAAUGUCUAGACCGAUUGCUAGCAAUGAUAUACAUACCAUAUAUAUAAAGGGGUUGCAGGGGAGAGGGUCUAGCAACAAACACCCCUUCCCCCUACACGCCCCUAGAGUUGUGUUUAUGCUCAGUAGACUUAAGUGCAAAAAUGAAAGUUGUGAACUGCAUUAGUGCUGGGUACGAGGAGUUGACCUGAAGAGGGCAGGGAAACUACCCAAAUGAAAGGUUGGCUAUGCUUAAAAAGGGUUAGUGAGAGGAGGCAGGUGGGAGAUCUGCUGAAAAGCAGAGGCAUUAGCUAAGAUCAUACAGGGAGAAAACUUUAAAUCACUUUGACUUAACAGCUAAGACUCGCUCUGACUUAAAAAUUAGUUUGUUGAUUUGAACAUGUUGAUAAGCUUAAAAACAACUAAGUUCUAAGUAGAUAAGUUCUCAUAGAGCAAGACGCUUAUCCCUAAACAUAUCGCAAAACGAAUCAGUUAGCAAACAUUUAGCUUCAAAAUUGUGUGAAGGUUUUACAUUCUGUUAAGGUGAUGCUAACGCAUUUAUUAUGCAUUGUUAACGUUCCGUGCUGGAUACAGUGUGACAUUAGCAGAGAAAUGUUAAAGCUCUCCCGAACAGAAACACGUACUUUCACAGGGCAACAUUAACACUCUGUUGCUUACAGUCACUUGAUGUAUAGUUUUAUCAAGACAUGUAAGUUAACAGAACAAUAAGUUGCAUGUUUCAUGUUAAGUUUUCUAAGUAUUUUGUUAUGCCAAAUUUUAACAGAAAGUUGAUACUUAUGUGUUUAAACUUUAACCGAACCGUAUGUCAUAGAAACUGUCGUCAAGCGGAUAGAUAACUUAACUUAACAUAUUUGCAGACUAGAUAAAUAUAAAUUGAAAAUUUUUGCAGCGUGUUUACAGUCCUGCAGAGAACUCUCUGUGACUGUUAGCAAAAACUCUAUAGUAAGUCCCUCACUGCACCCUAGGUAAGCCGCUGCCCUCUUAACACCCGGCCAAUAUCUAGACUAGACUUUCACCCGUAAUGCAAGUUCUAUACUAAAAACCCACCCCACUCCACCCCCAGAAAGCCAACAACAACGAAAGGUGUGUGUGUGUGUGUGUGUGUGUGUAUAAAAACUCGAUUAUGCUCGAUUAUACAUAAUGGCUUGUAAAUAGAUUUCAACCUUAUAAAGCAUAUGGAAUAUGGCAUUUCGACCAAAAAGCUAAGCAAGUAAAUAAUAUAGAUAUAAACUAUAUAAACAAAACCCACACACAAACCAAAUAGCACCGAAGUAGUUUUAUUAAGUAAAGAUAAAUGUAAUUUUUAGUACGAAAUCUGAAGUCUUUGAGCCAAAAAUAAAGAAAAACAAUGAGAAUAGCAAACCCUAACGAAACAUUAAAUAACAACUCACCUAAUAAACAAACAUUUAGAAUUGUACUUAAAAUCCAGCAGCACUUAAACAAUAAUUAAAGAUUCAUUAGCUAACGGUGCAAUGUGUAAUAAUCCCCCGGAUAAGCGAAAUAAAUG